UAUUUCAGCGUGUGGCAGAGCUCGGGCUGUGAUUGGCAGUCUUUAAACUCGCAUUUGAUUCUGGCAGCCAAGUGUAAGAGGAGCACUUGUUAUUUAUUACAUCACAUCCCGGCAGGGCGGUGCGGAGAAACUGCUGGGUGCUCCGCUCGCUCGGGAUGUUUGAGGCUUUGAAUCAAACACAAAAUGGUGAACCUUUGACAGAACAGUCCCGAGUGAAGUCGACGCACUUGAAGGAGAUGAGACUUUGGACGCCUCAUGGGAAGCUGCUGCAGGCUGCCUGGCUGUGGUGUGUGUUGGCGGCUCAGGUGCACAGCUGUCCUGGUGCCUGCAGCAAGUGUUCAGGCCCAGAGAAUGACCAGUGUGAGGGAUGCAGAGCAGGAUGGACGCUGCAUAAUAACACCUGUGUAGACAUUGAUGAGUGUGGAACGGAGCUUGACAACUGUCCUCUCAACAGCUACUGCUUCAACACAGAGGGCUCGUUUGAGUGCAGAGACUGUGACCCAGCCUGUGUGGGCUGUAUGGGUAGCGGACCAGCCCGCUGCAGAAAGUGUGCUUCUGGCUACAGGCUGACAGGGUCCAAGUGUUUGGACAUAGAUGAAUGUAGUGACAGGGUGCUCGCCUGCCACGGCCUGGACGAGAUUUGUACCAACACCGUCGGCUCGUUCCGCUGUGACUGUGCCAAAGGAUUCCACCGCAAGGGAGGCGUCUGUGUGAGGAAGCAGCUGCCUAGCGUUGAGCAGAAAGGCCUGUUCGAGGACAUCCAGGAUGAUGAGGUGGAGGUGCUGCAGCAGAUGUUCUUCGGGGUGGUACUCUGUGCUCUGGCCACACUGGCCGCUAAGGGAGACAUGGUCUACACAUCUGUAUUCAUAGGGGCAAUGGCAGCCAUGGCGGGGUACUGGCUGUCAGACAGGGGAGACCGUGUGUUACACAGUUUUAUGAAGGGACAUUAAAACUCCCCAAAAAAAAUCCUCUCACCUGCCUGACAUUGGACAAUAUAAGUUACUGAGCUGCCGACUUUAGAUACAGACGCCCACAGACACUAAAAAAUCAGCCACUUCAGAAUCAGUUUUUAUCUUGUUUAUUUAAAAACAUUUUUUUUAACUAACAGGGAAUUAUAAUGUUUGCUAUGACACACCUUUUAGACGUCAUACUGUAAAGUCACAUUUAUUCUUGAGUUUGUAAAUUGUCGUAUGAUGAAGCUCAUUUCAAGCCUGGAGCUUUUCAUCAGUAUUUCACUGUCUUCAUCAGUGGAUAAACUUUGCACAAGUGAGGUCUGUCCACUGAUGAAGACAGGGACAUGGAGCUGAAAUGGACUGAAGGUGAAGAGUUUAUGGUCGUGACAACAUAUGUGUCCCACUUUGAAGAGAAAGAGAAAGACAUUUGGAGACUGUUCAUUCCAGUGCAUUUGGAGCAGCCACAAAAUAAUGUUGCCUGGUGAAGCUUUGAUGCAGUUUUACAGCUUUAUUCAAAAAGUGUCAAGUGUGUUCAUAAAGCAUGUAGCACUUAGUAUUUAUCAUGUUGUAUUUAUACUUCAGAUGAAAUACCAUAUAAAAUGAUUUUUAUCUUUUUUAACCCCUUUCCUCCACGUGUGCAUUCACGUGUAUUUCUGUAGAAUAUAAAUGCUCAAAUAAAUAUUGUGUUUACUGUGUUAACACACUUCAUAA